CAUCAAUACGACGUGUCACAUCCGUACGGGAGUUUCCUGUGUCGGCCAGGUCGCUUUGCUCGCAAUGCGCGAAAAACCUGCAGCGCGCAAUCGCGCGGUCCGCUUCUUUUCGCUCCGGUAUCACUCGUACAAAGCAAAGUAAGAUGUACGAAGCAAUUGAUGGAGGUGGAUAUAGUGAGGAGUAGUCCGCAGGCGAAGAUAUAUCUCCAACAAUUCAAGCAUUUUCCGGACGAGGCCUGUAAGCCGCACUUUCACGAUGGCGUAGCCACGUUUAAAUUAUCGCUGCUGGAACAGGACAUGUUACGGUGCGGCAUUACAAGAGUCGUCAACAAAGUCACGGGUCAAAAGAUGUACUAUCAUCGAGUAAUAGUGGAGGAGCCCGCGGAUUCCAGCAAGCACACGUUCACGGUGAAAUGCGUAAUCACCGAAGUUGUCGUGGAGCCAGAAAUCGCCGUCGCGGCCAAUCACACGGCGGUACGGCGGAGCGUUCUUCCGGCGGGCUUUCAGGAACCCGAAGUAAUAGACAUACGUGAGGAAAUUUCGGGUUCAGCCCCAGUUCCGAUUCUCGGCGUUGGAGUGAGGCAGGGUGGAGCUUUGGUGACCGGCGAGCUGAACGUUAGUCCUGGUACACCGUUGCAGAUGGAAAUAUUUUUGGACAACGACUCAGCGCCGAUCUACGGUCUGCUGGUGACUUACAUGCUGGUUACAGAUACCAAGACGCAGGAGGAAACGAUUAUUAUUAACGGGUGUUCCGUCGAUCCUUACUUGUUCGAAAAUUUCAACACCGUGGACGGCGACUUCCUGACGGCGAAAUUCCGAGCCUUCAAGUUUCCCGAAAGCACCUACGUUCAGUUCCGCGGCACCGUUAACGUCUGCUUGGAUAAGUGUCCAGGGAUCGAGUGCAGUAAUGGCCAAAUCGGCUUCGGGCGAAAAAGGCGAGCCAUUGAAAUGUCGGGCACCGACAAGAAUAAAUUGUUCGAGGUAACCAUGUCAACGUUCAUUAAGGUUGAUUCCACGGAUGACGUCAAGAUCGAUCAAGUACUAUCGGGAUUCAUCAGGAAGGGAAAGAACCGGACACACACAAAGGAGAGAGCAGUGAUCGAAGAAGUCAGGGAGCAGUCUAACCCUACGACAAUCAGGACGCAUGAAAGAACAUUUCUCGCAGAAGAAAUAAAGGAACAGUUUAAAUAUAAGGUCACCGAGGUGGUACUCAAUAGUUCCUCGUGUAACACGCUGAGUUUAUCUCUCCUUUUGGUUCUUCUUUGUUUCUACAAACUCUUGUAGAGAUUUGUGUUUCCUGACAAUUGAUUACUAACUGUAAAUAACGUGCAGUCUGAGAUACGUUAAAAACGUGAAGAAAAGUAAGAAGUGUCGCUUCUGGGAAUGACUAGUUAACUUGCUCACUAAUAAUAAUCGAGAGAUUUUGAUUUAUCACAACAGCAGAUCACUAAUUAUAUAGACAAUGGUGAUAAUAGACUGUGCAUAAUCAAAAUAUGCCUAGAAGACCAUUGAAUGAAAUUUGAUUUACCGAUGUUUCCAAGUACCGUAAUUUUUUCGAAAGAAAACUUGUUAAACAAUGUAAAAUUCUCGUCCAUAUUGAAGUACUUUUGAGUGAUAUUGAAAAUAUAUUUAAUAAGAAUCGAUUCCUCGUGCUAGGCAACAAAUUCGAUAUAAUUAAACUGUCGAAUUUGUGAACUUUAAAGAAAGAUUAAGAGACGGAUUUACCAUCUUGACGCUAACAUAAUAAGCAAUAACAUAAUUUCUCCGUUCUGCGACCGCCGAAUUUUCAAUCGACACGUUCCAGUUUUUAGUUCUAUUAUACUUUUUUUAAUUAUCUCGUAAGUAACUGCCGUAUCUCUUGAUAGAGUAACUGCCAAAAGAAAAUUGGCCUUUGCGAGCGGAGAAAGAUGAAGACCUAGUCGUGCGACGAGGUGUAAUAUUAAAUAUGCGACUUAAUUAAUUAAUAAGUAAUUAUAUUAUUAAUUGCGUAUUUGUAAUCUCAAUUUAAUUAUUACGUUAAACAAAUGUAAAAUAAAUAAAUCGACAGCAGACAUGACAGUCA